AUUGUUACUGAGCUUAUAUCUUCGCGUACCAGGUACUGAAAAAUAAGAUAAUUUUUUUUCUCCCCAGACAAGCCUGUUGCAUAGUAACCAUGGGAAAAUAUCUGAUUCCUGCAAGGAAAAGCAAAGAGUUUUAUCUAACUCUUUAGCUACUUAUCAACGGUGGGAUCUUUCAUAAAAAAAUUUCUAAUAAGUUUAUUCUUUGGUGAAAGUAGCACAGUAUUUCACUAUUAUUACUUCGCUGCUAUUUGAAAACAAAGCUCUUAUCCAACAGCUGAACUUCUGCGGUGAGAAAGGUAGCUUAAAUCAUUCUCAGAGUUAUUAUCUAUACAAUUACAUAUUCAAGAAACUAUAAGUUUAAAUUCCUGUUUUACUUCCUUUCUCAUUAUGUCUGCUGAAAGUAUUGUGUCAACAAACUUAGUGGCUCAGCAUUACAGAGGUGAGUUUAAAUUAUCGAACCUUCAUACUCUGAAAAGUCACUCUUUACGAACAACGCCAUUUUGUCCAAUGCCGAAUAUCAAUCUCGAAUUUUGUUUCGAAAUAAGUUAUAUGCAUUAUAAUAUAAAUUCCGAUGUCACGGUACGCGGAGAUGAAUUUAUAUUACUCAAACUGAAAUUGCUAACUUUGUGCGCAUCUGAUCUACCGAAAACCAUGAAAUUAAAACUGAAUGUUGAUCUAAUCUUUAUAGAUCGUUCCCUUUUACACAGAUACAAAUUAUUACCAGCUUUGACAACUGAUGAAAUGAAGUCGGUCGUUUUUGAUGAUGUAUUAACUUCCUACUAUACUAAAAGAGAAAACAUGGGUAAAUUAGUAAACAAGCAUUCCUUUAUAAUACAAUGUGAAAUGGAAUUUUUUAACCACAUCCAUUCUCCUCCAUCUUACUACAAAGAACUAAGCUUUUCCAACCAUUUGAAACACUUUGCUGCGAACUUCAAAUCUCUUCAGAAGUUUGGUGAAUUGAGUGAUAUCAGCAUUAAUAUUGGUGAGAAGUCGCUUCCUGUCCACAAAGCUGUCCUGGCUGGGCAUUCUCCUGUUUUCAGGAACAUGUUAAGUCAUGAUUUCAAAGAAUCCUUGACAAAUACCAUAACAAUCGCCGAUUCUACUUACGAAGUAUUCGAAUGCUUUCUUCAAUACCUGUACAGUGGUGAAAUCGAAGAUAAAUCUUGGCCCACUGCAAGGGAACUUUAUUCUUUAGCUGAUAAAUACGACGUUUUAAGUUUGAAACAACUUACCGCGGAAAUAAUUAGUUCUCAAAUAUCUCUUGAAAAUGUCUGUGACAUUCUAAAUCUUGCCUUCGAUUAUGAUGAUGACAAAAUAAGGAGAGAAGCGGUAGGUUUUGCUGCAAUUCACUUGAGAAAACUUUUGCCAACAAAACAAUGGAAAGAGCUGAUUGCAAAACAUCCACUUGCAGGAUAUGAAGCUGCUAUUAGCUACGUUCUUUGAUGGAUUUAUAUUGAAAGGCUUAUUUUUUCUUUCAAAUCUUGGAUAAAAGAAUAAAUAUAUAUUCGAGAAAAUGAGAUGAAAGACGAGUCGAGAACAACUUGGUACUGUCUCUCCUAUUGUGCUAUCUGUCCUCUUCUACUUGACGAAGGU